UAAGCAUAAGUAUGGGCACACUGGGACAAAAUGAACCCAGAGCUCCCUUGCUGAAAGACUUAACAGUGCAUGGAACCUCUUCUCUUCAAUCCGGGCAAUGAAUCUACUAUACAGCGCAGAUGACCAUAGAUAUAGAAUAGGUCACACCUUCCCCAACCUGCACCCCUCACAUCAAACGAUACGACCACUUCCUGCCUCCCCCGCGAACGCUCGCCAUCUAAAACUCCCCAUACUACACGUCACCUACACCAUCAGCCCAUGACCAUGACCCCAUUCCCCCGCCGCAAUCACAGAACCCCUA